AACGCAAUCAGAAGAAAGAGGCAAUGAAGCUUGAACGAGCACGAGUGGAGCAAAAAAAUAUGAAGGAAAUGGAACUGAAAAGAAAACUCAAAGAGGAACAAAGAAAGAAAAGGGAGGCUGAAAAUGCAGCUAAGAAAAGACAGAGAGAAGAAGAAGAAAAGAAAGAAAAGGAAAGGAAAAAACAGCGUAUUGAAGAAGCACGGUUACAGCACAAGCAAGCAGAGGAUAAACUUCAAGCUUGGAAUGAGGAUUCAAGAUGUGCACCAGAGGAAGGAAGAGCUCAUCAGAGAAAGACUUAA